UUUAAUGCAAUUUAUUUUGAGAUUGGGAUUUGCACUAGGACUUUUGUUUGAGACACUCUCUUAGACAUGCAGAGUAAAGAAUUUUAAUGAUGAUAGCUGAAAAAUACAGAGUAUAAUCUAUUGACGAUUGUGAGCGGUGAGACCUUCCGCUUACCAUUAAAUGAUUACUUCGUUGGAGAUGGACUUGAAUAUUCUAUUUUACCUUCGGAAGGGUCCUUUAAUCUAAAUUAGCCAGAAAUGGGAUAAGGAACUAUAGAAGGAACAAUAAUUUCAUCGACGUCUUCAACCUACAAUAAUAACCCUUACAUCUAAGGAAAGUAUUCUUAUGCACUUGUGUAAUAAGGCAACUCUAAUUAUACAAUCUAUAAAUCAUCACUAUCAACAUCAUCUUAUGACGUCGAAUUUGCAUCAAUAACCUCAGGAACAUGCUACUCAAUUAAUUAUAUGCUUGAAAAAGUUGUAUUGACAUGUUCAGAAUAAGGAUCAAAUUACCUUCAAUAUAUAUUCUAUCCUGAAAGCGGUCAAUAGAAUGCGACUUUUGUUACAGACGAUGCAAUUAAAAUCACUCCUGGAUCAUAUGUGACGACUUAAAUAUCUGGAUAAUAUAUAGUGACAUUGAUGAAUGUUGGGACAUUCUAAAAUGGCACGUAUUCAGUCAUAUCCACAAACAUUUCAGCUUUUCAAUAUUCGGAGAGUCCGAAUGGAGAAAGCUAACUCUUAGGAAUGAGCCUUCCCGUCAUUCUGAGCAAUAAUAGCUAAUAAAUAACUGACUUUUAUACAGGGAUUUCUGUGAAUUAAAAUGGAAUAUGUAAUGUUUAUAGUCUAUAUUAGUAUUUGUAUCUACUUAUUACUCUGGAUUUAUGGCUGUUAAUUUGUUAGAUAUUGAAACAGUCGCUAAGCAUUUCAAUCCUUUUGGAGUAGGCACUUUGGGUGUAAGUUCCUUUAAAUUGGAUUACAAUAAUGAUUUAUUUUAUGUGGCUACAUGGAGUAAUGAAGGUUUGAUAAUCUCAGAAUUUCAUGAGAAAGUUGUAAAUGUGGGCCCAGCUGCAUAUGCUAGACUUAUUGGAUAUUUAUAAGCUAAUUUCAUUGUAAGUACUCAAAUUCCCUUAACUUAAAUGUUUUCAACUUAAGUUUUCAUGAAUUCUAGAUUCAUUAUAGUUAGUAAUUCCAAUGGAAUUUCAGUUUAUCCAAGCCUUUUGAAUUCUAUUAAUGAGUGGAAAUUGCUGUAUUACUACAAUACAAGUGUAUAAUCUGCUGCUUUUGACUACUCCAAUAAUAUUUUACUAGCUGUAUCAGGUUAAAAUGUUACUACCUAUUUCUUCACCAAUCCAACCCUCACAAUCUCAAAUUUAUCUGUCAAUACAGCCAUCUAAAAUAUCACAAUAAAUGCAAGAUUCAACAUGUAUGAAUAUCAACGUAAUUUUACAUGUGCUUCAUUGAUGUUAUACUAUAAUGUCACUUCGAGUGAAUAUUAAUUAUCAAUAUUCAACACAUAUCUAGCGAAUACUACAAAACAGACAUUUGUUCAAUGGGGUCCCUUAUUUUAACUCUCUUUGGGAUCCUUCCAAUAUGUGAACAUUAACAAAAUGCUUAUUGGGCCUGCUAUAAUAGCUGGAUUACCAACAACCCAAUAAGCAUACUCUAAUUUUGAUAUUUAGUUUUCAAAUGUUCUAUCAACUCCUUAAAUAAAUAGUCCAUUCAGAAUCAACUAAAAUCUAAUAGGAGUAUAAAAGAUUUUGUACUCUCAAACCUUUUAUGAUGCACCCUUCUUGUAAAAUUAUCAUUAUAAGGGAUCUUUCACUGAUAACUAUCUUCAGUUGGUGUAGGUUUCUAAUUACGUUGCCCUAUUUCAAUGCGCAGCCCUAGAGAACUUGCCAUGCUUUUUGAUUGCUAACAUCGCAGUUAAAGACAUAUUAAUUGAGCAAUUCGCCUUGAGUUUAUCAGCCAACAAUUCAUUGAAUGUAGCGUAUAUGUGGAACGAUUAUGAUAUCAAAGAAAAAACAACAAUUGGAAAAACUACAAUUUGCAUGUUAGAUUAUCCAUAUGAAGCAUUUUAUUAAAUAUGCAAGACCAUUAAUUAUAGUCUGGAUUAAGCAAACUCUUCUAAAGCAAUUCAUAUUGGAUUGAUUUAAAAUAGUUUCUUUAUGCUUUAUUCAUACUCAAUAGGAAAUGGAAAAGAAGUAACAAAAUUCUCAGCUUUAAAUAUUUUACAACUUUUGACUUCAGAUGCCAACUUUACUGCACUUUCAUCUUUUCAAACAUUUGCAUUAAAUGACGAAAAUAUCAUUAUAACUAGUUUCACAUUUAAUGUUCUUGCCUAUGGAAAUAUUAUCUUUCUGAAUACUUUGAAUACUACAGAAGCAGAUUAGGGUAUAUAUUCUUACUACGUGAUGGCUCUCAAUUAUAAUGUAGCCUACUAAAGCUCCUCUACUGAUUAUACUUACAUGUUAUUGGAAAUCGGGUUUGCUCAAACAUAUACUAGUACCACCAAAGUAGUUUAAACUUUACAAUUAACCAUCGAAGGAAUGUACCGUUUGAUAAUAGACAACCUUGGAUAAUCAAAAAUAACGUUUUAUCCAAGAACUGAAUUAUUGCCAUUAUUUAUUCAAUAGCGAUAUUAGGAAGUAAUUCCUAACGUCCUUAUUUAUGGAAUUGAAUUGUACUUGUAUGGAGCACAGAAGAUAGUAUAAACUGCUGCCUCAGCUCGUUUCCUCUACAUUAUGGUUUAGCCAUCCAAUUAAAACACAUAUUAAAUUUAUGUGUACAGGAAUACCCCUUCCAUUUAGAAUGCUUUGUAUUAUGUGAUCUCCUCCAGUCCUAAUGAUCAGAUAGUCAAUGCCCCCUUUAGUGUAGUCAGUGCAGCAUAAUAUGAUGGAAUAGUAUUUAAAUCCAAAGGAAAUGACGGAUAUUCUAACAGUUUUCUUUUGAAUGAAUAUGAGUUUAUUGCAGAAUGCAAUUUGAAUAGCAAUUUCUUAGAGUAAACAGAAUACAGCUACAUCAUUUUUAAGGCCUCCAGCCUAUUGUAAACUUCAAUAUUACAAGAGUCUGCCUAAGAAUAUUGGGCAACCUUUCAAUCUGUGAAUUUAAUUUCCUUUGUUAAAGAAGCAAGUACAUUAGCGGAUGGUUUGACUAUUUCGACAUAAGGAUACACCUAAUUGGAUCCAAGAGGGUUUUUCAUAGGAAAUACAUAAAGUUUCUAAUUAACAAAUGGAACUAAUCCCUCCUCUUAUUAUUAUUUUGAUAUAGCCUCUCCAGUGGAAAGACAACCACAAACCUAGAACUUCUAGUUUCCAGUGACGGCAGUCUCAGCCUACAUGGCUUUCUAAAAUCCUCAAGGAGGUUAAUUAUAAACCCAAUAUUGGUUCACUUUUGUUUAAACUAAUAGAUUAGUCUAUGUGACACCUUACAUUUAUUAUAAUCCUCCUGAAGAUUUUGUUGAUAACUCAACAGUGAAAAUUGAUUACCCUUUGAUUUACAAGUUGCCGAUAUUGGACAUAUCACCUAAUUCCUAGAGAUGUCCUUUGAUAUUUGUCGAUGCAUACUCAAAAGGAGUGGUCAGUGUCUGUGGAACAAACAUAAACAAUAAAUUUGCCGCUUCCUUCACAUUAUUUAACACAUUGACUCAGGAGGUACAGGAAACCAAGAUAAUUCUGUUGGAAGAAGCUUUCCCAACUCUCGGAGAGCAAAAUAGUACAAACAAUGGGACAUAUUAUCUUUCAUCAGCUACGUACUUGGAUAUAGGAGUGGUAGUAUUGCAAUUCUAAUACAAUUAUAACUUUGGUUCAGCUCCUCCAACCAUUAUAAUAUUAUCAUUUUUAUAUACUUCUAAUUUGAUUAGGAGAAUAGCCAGUUAUCCAUCCAAUCCAAGUGUCUAUUAUUACUAGUUCAUUUAACCAAUUCAAACAAUCUUUCAAGUUCCAAAUAAUACUUAGCCCAAUUAAUAUUCAGUCGCAGUAAUCCAAAUAACAACUGAAUACUUAGGUGGUUUAAAUCAAAAUUUAACAUUGAAUCCAGUAUCUCAAAUAAUGUUUAGUUAUAUAUGUGUAUCAGAAAUUUAUGAGGCAUGUUUAAUGCAAUAUCCACAAAUUCCUAAUAGCAUAGCGACUUCAAGUGAAGUUGUAAUUGCAGUCACUCCAGAAAAUAAUUUGUCCUCAAUAUUCAGGACAAAUGCAAAUGUAAGUUUUUCGUUGUCAAAUCCCUUGAUUUCAUUUACUACAAAUGACAACAAUUUUCAAUUACUUAAUCUAAUUUCAGGUAUUUAGUUGAUUACAAUUUAGUUUACACAAAAAAUUCAGUCCAAUAAAUAAUUUAAGCAGGAUCUCCAAUUAUUCAAUAUAACGCAGUCUCUGUUAUACCUAUAAUAGCAGUCAGUCAAGGAACAGCUUAUGUCUUCAACUUAGAAUUUUAGUUUGCCAAUGGAGAAUAUCUCUAAAGCAAAUAUGCUUGCACACUCCUCGGAUUAUCUAAUAAGAAUCGUAUUCUGCAAGUUUCAGCAAGCAGUUCAAACACAGGCUAAUAUCAAGUGGUUGCUAUUGUAGCCAACCCUACAGCUACGAACAAUAAUUAAGUCACCCUCCUUAAUUAUGGAUUUAUAAAUCAGUAAAUUUCUUAUUCACUUUUGUAGAUAAUGCAACAUAAAUUAUACACCCUAAGAUAAUGACCCAAUUAUUGUAAGAUAAGGAGUGGAAGUCAUAGUAACAGCCAUAGGAUCAACCACUUAUAUUUCUACUGAAUCCAAUCCUAUUUUGGCUUUGAUGCAACCGUCUUCAAUAGAUAACUAACCUGUUGCAGAAGUAGCCAGAACUUUGAUCAGCGAUAAUCAAGUCAUCACCUUGCUUGAUACAAGUCCUUAUCUUACCAUCUAAGCUUACCCUAAUUAUAAUAUCAAAGGAGGAGUUACACUUAAUUCAUCAGGAAUAAUCUCUAAUGUUACUGAACCAUUAGUCACUUCUAUUUCAGCCAUGAGCAUUUAGACCUACAUAAACAAUUAAAUGGUUUCAGGAAAGGGAGGAUCUACAAUCUUUAAUUUCACUAUUAAUAAGAUCCCAAUAAAUCCUUAAUUCCCAGACUCUGUUUGGGAUAGAAAAUUAUGGGGUUAAUUCAUUUGGGGAUUCUUCAUGUUUGUUAUUAUCUUUGGAGUCGUUGGAUACUUAUUUUAUAAAUCUCAGCCCUUGCCUUAUGAUAGGUUAUGA